AUGAGAGACCGCGGCGUCUACACUCGGUGCGAUUUGGUCCAGCAUCCGUCACAUAACGCUGAGUGCGCUCCCUCGGGCACAAGGCACGUCGAGACCGUCCCAAUUAUAGGCGCUCAUCGAUCCGUCUCCGGCUUGAGGAAUCUUGACGAAGACGUGCUAUUCCUUUGGUACAGGGAGACCGCUGGUGGGGCGAUGAGGGAGAUGCGCGAGGCGGAGGGGGGCGGCCGCUACAGCAUGUCGGCGGAUGCUCUGGGCAUCAGGAGAGCGGAGCAGACGGACGACGGGAGGUGGGCGUGCCGAGCGGCCAACACCCACGGGCACCUCACCCUGCGGCUACACCUGGCUCUACGCGCGCACCUCACAGUCCACACGCAGCCGCACACUCAGGUGGUGAACAGCGGCGGUACAGCGACGAUAAACUGCACUUGGGGGGGCUGGCCGGCGCCGCGGCUGGAGUGGCUGCACAAUGGCGUCCCCAUCAGCGCGGGUGUCGCCGGAGGCAGGCUGCGGUUGCUAGGCAACGGCGAGAGGCUGGUGAUACCAUCUGUCCACCGCGCUGACAAGGGAGUGUACCAAUGCGUGGCGAGAAACGAGCGUGACUCAGCCCAGGCCAGCGCUGAGCUUCGUUUAGGAGACACCGCACCGGAAUUGCAGUACACUUUCAUCGAGCAAGUGCUGCGUCCAGGGCAGGUGGUGACCUUGAAGUGUUCGGCCGCCGGCUCCCCACCGCCACACUUCACCUGGAUGCUCGACGGCCAGCCACUGAACACGAUGAGCAGGGGACACAGAUACAGCGUCGAGCAAUUCGCAACAAAGAAUAAUGACGUCGUAAGCUACCUAAACAUUUCCUCGGUGCGAUCUGAAGAUGGGGGGCUGUACACUUGCAAAGCUGCCAACUCCCUAGGGGAAGUAUCGCACACCUCCAGGCUUAACAUUUACGGCCCGCCUUACGUCAGAUCGAUUGGGCCCAUUAGGGCCGUCGCCGGACGGGAGCUCGUAUUGUAUUGCCCCUACUCGGGAUAUCCAAUAAGCUCCGUUAAGUGGGAAAGGGACGGCAACCAAGUAGAGUGGGACGGGAAUGUCGAAGGGGCCCUCAGGUUGGCAAGGGUCGAGUCGUCCCACGCCGGGGCAUACACGUGCGCCGUGACCGGACCCCACGGCGAGAUUGCUAGGAGGGAACUGCAGCUCGUCGUCAGCAAUCCACCGGAAAUUGAACCGUUCUCCUUUUCCGCUAACCUGCAAGAGGGCAAGCGUGCCCAAGUCAGCUGCAGUGUGACGUCAGGCGACAUGCCAGUACACUUCACCUGGCUAAAAGACAACACGCCGAUCCCUUCCAACUUACAGGUGGAAGAGCGGGGGGCGGAUUUUUUCAGCAACCUUGUGUUCAAAGAGGUGUCAGCCCGCCACAGCGGCCUUUACACAUGCGUGGCCUCCAAUACGGCGGCAAAGGUUAACUAUACGGCCGAGCUGGUGGUGAAAGUAUCACCCAAAUGGGUGAUGGAACCCAAAGACGAGGCGGUGCUGGCCGGGGAACCCGUCGCAAUGCACUGUCAGACAACCGGCUCCCCAACACCACAGAUAACAUGGCUGAAACAGAGAGCCGGAUCGCCGUCAGACUUCAUACCGCUGGUGAACCUGGGGGGGCGAUUCCAGUUCCUGAUGAACGGGACCCUGUGGGUGGAGUCGGCGCUGCCCUACGAUGAGGGCCACUACAUGUGCAAAGCCGAGAAUGGCGUGGGUUCGCCCCUCACCAAGACAAUCUUCGUAGCCAUCAAUGAACCGGCGAGGUUCGAACUGACGUCCCACAACGUGUCUGCUCGCCGGGAUGCACCGGCGACCCUCAGCUGCGAAGCGCGCGGGGACCCACCACUGCGGCUGACGUGGUCGCGAGGCCCACACCCACUGGAUCUCUCAACGUAUAGACUUAGUAUAUCCGAAGCAAAGACUGAUAGUGGUUUAAGGUCCCAAUUGUACAUCAGCCGAGCUGACAGGCAAGACUCCGGUGUGUACAAGUGCCAAGCCGUCAACGCGUUCGGUCAUAGUGACCAUUACAUAUAUCUUUCCGUCCAAGAGAAACCGGAGACGCCGCAGUCGCUGUCUGUUACGGAGAUCAUGAGCCGCGCGGUGCGCCUGUCGUGGAGCCAGGGCUUCGACGGCAACUCGCCGCUGCAGGCAUACACCGUUCAGCACUGCGCCCUCUCCGUCCGCGCCUCCCACUGGGACUCCGCCACCGCGCUCAACGUGUCCGUCCACGCCGCCCACGCGCCGCACUCGCACGUCACUCUAACUAAAAAGGGGGACAUACAUUACGAAGCCUUGGUGACGAAUCUCAAACCGCACACGGCCUACAUGAUACGCAUCGCGGCGAUCAACGAGAUAGAUCGCAGCGCCUACACUGAGCCGGUGGUAGUUAAGACCCAAGAGGAAGCGCCUUCCGAAGCGCCCAGCAAUGUUCACGUGACCCCCGGAGGUCCAGGGGAGCUGCACGUGUCCUGGCGCCCCCCGCCGAGGGACGCUUGGCACGGCGAGCUGCUCGGCUACUCGGUCACCUGCACGGAGCUCGGGGUCGCUGGUUCGGUCGCAGUAGACGCACUCGCGCCCGCGAAGAACGCCUCAAGGACGCUCACCGUUAACGGGUGGUCGGCGACGGAGCUCAGCUUGUCAGCCCUGAAGAAGUUCACCCGCUACGAGGUCCGAGUGAGGGCCUUCAACGGAGUGGCGGCUGGGCCCCCCUCCGCCGCGGUCACCGCCACCACCCUGGAGGGAGUACCGGAGUCUCACCCUACGAGGGUGACAUGCUCUGCGCUGUCCUCGUCCAGCGUGAAGGUGGCUUGGGGCCCGCCACCUGCCGACCAGCGCGGUGGCAUCAUCCAGGGCUACAAAGUCAUCUACGCACCGCUUACUAUUAAUCACGCGGACGUGGCAGAGGUCAAGCGCGUCACCACCACGGACACCUAUCUGCACACUCUGCACAAGUACACCAACUACUCUAUACAGGUCCUCGCCUUCACCGGCGCAGGCGACGGCAAGAGGAGCCCACCGGUCUUCUGCAUGACCGAAGAGGACGUACCAUCAGCUCCCGAGAAGAUAAAGGCACUCGCUUAUUCAAGCGACUCCGUGCUCGUAAGCUGGCUGCCGCCUCUGCAUCCCAACGGCAUCAUAUCGCACUACACAGUAUACUUCAGAGAAGCCGGGCGCCUGGGCAAACACUCGAGUUUCACAGUGUCCGCCGACAAGAACCCCGAGAUGGAGCUGAUGUUCCAAGUGCGCAACCUGAUGGAGAGCCAGCUUUACGAGUUCUGGGUUUCAGCCACGACUGGUUCUGGGGAGGGCGAGUCCACCCACGUGGUCGGCCAGGGGCCAAGUUCGAGAAUCCCUGCGCGCAUCGCAUCGUUCGGCGGGGCGCGGGCGGUGCGCGCGGGGCGGGGCGCGCUGCUGGCGUGCUCGUGCGUCGGCGUGCCCGCGCCGCGCUCGCGCUGGGCGCACGCGCGCACGCCCGUCACGCACCACGCCUACUACCAGGUCACGCGCGCCGGGCACCUGCACAUACGCGAAGUAAACGAGCAGUCUUCGGGCAACUUUACUUGCACGGCCAGCAACAGCAUUGGCGAGGAUUCGAUAGUGUACGUGGUAAUAGCUAUCACCCCGCCCGCCGCUCCCGCACUCUCGCUGCAGUACACCACGGCCAGCAGCAUCAAGCUCCACUGGCGCCUGCCCACUGACAACGCUGAGCCGGUGCUGGGCUAUCUCCUGCACUACAAGCAGGCUUCAGAAACUGAGUGGCACAGCGUUGAGCUAUCGCCUGAGCUGAAUUCCUACACCAUGGACAUGUUGAAAUGUGGCACUACAUAUAACGCCAAGAUUCAGGCGCAGAACAAGAUUUCCCUGGGACCCCCCAGUGAGGUGCUCACGGCAACGACUAGAGGCGGACGGCCGAAGCCACCGAAGCCUGAGGAUCACGUGUACAUGAACUCCACGGCGAUCAAGAUCAACUUCUACGCGUGGCGCGACGGCGGGUGCCCCAUACUUGGUUUCCGCGUGGCUUACCGACGCGCCGGAGAGGAACAUUGGAUUAAGGUAGGAGAUGCCCUCAGCGCCGCGAACCAUAUAAUAGGCGCGUUAUCACCUGGCACGUGGUACGAGCUGCUGAUCGAAGCUCGCAGUGACGCUGGAGUGGAGCGCGUCGUCCUACUAGCAGACACCCACACUCUUUCCGGAGGCAGGAUCCCGCCCCCUCAAGACACCCCGCCGGUUGUUGGUGGUGCACGCACCGCCUCGCUGAGAACAGUGCUGGUUUCCUGCGCAGCCAGCGCCCUCGUCAUAAUAGCGGCCCUCGCAGCCCUGUUAUGUCUUCUACACGGGAAAAGAAAGUUUUUCUGCUUUUCAAAUGACCACUACAUGCGCGACGACAGGAAAUUGAGCGAGAGCAAUGAGGCAGAGAGGGAAAAACUGAGAGAGGGACAGAAACUAUACUCGUCCUCGUCUAUCAACGGAAACGAGAAGACCAAUGACGACUCAUCAGCGGAGCUCUACGAGAUCAGCCCGUACGCUACGUUCGGCGCUACGGCGGCGCACUCGCUGCAGUUCCGGACGCUGGCGCGGCGCGACGACGACGCGGCGCCGCCCCACCGCCGCCGCAGGCGCUGCGAUCACUACCGAUACGACGAGUCCAGUCUGUCCAAGUGCUCGACGGUGGAGGCGAGGCACCGGCUGCGUGCGCCGUGCGCCGGCGCUACGCCGCCCACGUGGCGCGAGCGCUCCGACUCAGACGACUACAGCGACAGCGCCGCCAACACUACCACCAAAGGGUCUGGUGGCAGCGGUGGUGGCAGUGCGUACGGCAGCGGACGGCGCACCGCCAGCAGCGGAGGGCAGGUGGGGAGCGACGGCCUCUCAGGGAGCUUCGCCCCCGUGCCCCCGGACAUUUCUUCCUUGAUUGACAAAUAUCAGCAGAGGAAAGAGCAGGAGCGGCGCGAGUGCACGAUCCACGUA